UGACGGUGAAGCGGUUAGCGAGUCCCGGCUGGUGCUGGUGGUGCCUCCCUCCCCCACCCGCUGCUGCUGCCGCUGCCGCCGCCGCCGCCUGGAGCCUCCUGCCGCCGCGAGCCGGACCCCGCCAUGGCCGACCAGCUGACCGAGGAGCAGAUAGCAGAGUUCAAGGAGGCUUUCUCCCUGUUCGACAAGGAUGGGGACGGCACCAUCACCACCAAGGAGCUGGGGACGGUGAUGAGGUCCCUGGGCCAGAACCCCACCGAAGCGGAGCUGCAGGACAUGAUUAACGAGGUGGAUGCGGACGGGAACGGCACCAUCGACUUUCCAGAAUUCCUGACUAUGAUGGCGAGGAAGAUGAAGGAUACGGACAGCGAGGAAGAGAUCAGGGAGGCAUUCCGGGUCUUUGAUAAGGAUGGGAAUGGCUACAUUAGUGCCGCAGAGCUGCGCCACGUGAUGACGAACCUGGGAGAGAAGCUGACCGACGAGGAGGUAGACGAGAUGAUCCGAGAGGCUGACAUCGACGGAGACGGGCAGGUCAAUUAUGAAGAGUUCGUGCAGAUGAUGACCGCAAAGUGAAGGCUCCUGGACGGGCGGCUGGCGAUGCCCAUUCUCCUUCAAUACUUUUCUCCAACACUCUCUCUCUACUUAAGUAACCUGGUUCUUUCAGCAAACUCCAAUCGGCUGUGGGAGAAAUCUGACUAAGCAACAAAAAAUUUACUUGCCCCAAACUGCAUGAUUGUGCCCUGUCCCUCCUUCCCCUUUCUCUCCUCCCCCACCCAUCCCAUCCCUGUGGCCCUAACCCAACCUCCCCUCCCAGCCCACCCCCCGGAUAUCUCAGCCUUGCAGAUGUCUUUAGUUCCUUUGGGGGGGUUCUUUGUUCUGCGGACGGAGCUGGCCGGUGUCCCAGCACGCCGCGGCGAGAGCAAACUUUAACCGUGUUGCAUGCGUCUGGCACUGUGGGUCUGUGCAUUCACCCCGCGGCCUCAGAGCGUCUCGCCCCUGGAAAUGACAGGGGGUCGGCAGGAAGGGAAGCCUCUUGUCUCGUCUGUUUUUUUGUUUUAGAAAGGGGGCGGCGAAUGAUCCCAGAGACUAGAGUGUGGGUUCCAGAGAUCUUGUCGCACCAUCCGGGGGGAAAGGGAGGCAGAGGGGGGUUUAACGGCCCAAAAAAAAAAA